AUGGCUGCGAAACAGGGAGCGCAGCCAUCCAAGGUCCUCCUCGGCUUUGACGUGGAUUGCUGCUGCAUCGGCUAUGACGGCACGCGCGUCUGGGCGUUGCCGCGCGCGCUCGAUGCCCUCCGGUUCGGGCACACCGUGGUCAACCCUCUCCACGCGUGGCCCCGGCAGCCGUCGUACGAGCUCCGGCUCGCCAAGUACGCGGCUCGCGGCUGGGCGGUCGCCGUCCCCGGCCUGAAGAUCAAGCGGAUCGGACUGCAGGGCCUAAACCGCAUCGUGAGCGGGAGGCUCACGCUGAGAGGCGUGGCGCGCAUACUGCACAUCCACCUCGCCCUCGCGCUGCCAGAGAACAAUCCGUGGUACCAUGGCGCGGGCGGUGGGCCGCCGGCUGGCUAUCGCGGGGGCACAAGGCCGCACGACUGGGAGGCGGCGCUGCGGCGCACGUUUGGCUUCCACACCGUCAGCGUGGACGGGAUCCCGCAGACGACGCUGCCGGACCCGUAUGGCUGGAUCAACGCCUACCUCGGCAACGAGGGGCCUCCGGCAAGCCGAUGGGGCCGGCCGCGGGGGGACGACAUCGCGCUCAAGAUGGUCUCGGGCGACUGCUUCGACGACAUCUACGAUGCAGGCCGCGACGACCUUCACAUCCCGCGCGUCAUGGCCUGGGCCGUCGAGCCGCGGAGUCGCGAGUACAUGAACAUGGAGCUGCCGCCAGCGGAGCUGCACGAGCUCUACUUUGCGAGCCUGGAGCGCCGCGUCACCGACCAGCGCGCGGACUACAGCGAGGAGGGCCUGCGGGAGAUGGGCGCCCCGGUGGGACUCGGCGGGGAGGACGACGACUCGGGGGAUUCGGACGACUACGCGUUUCGAACCGAGUCUGCCUCGGACGGGGCCGAGGGAUAG